AUGUCACUACAUGCUCCGCUGCUGCGGACCUUGGAAGCUCCCGGAGAGGCCUCCCCCACGGAGGAUGCUGUCGUCCAACAUUGGGCCGGCAAAUUGGAGGGCUGCACGCCAAUUCUGCAGCAGCUUCCGACUGAUCAACUUGGACCUUCUGAGCAACACCGCGAGGCAACCACCGUAUCGCUCACCUCUUCCACAAAAGGUCUGAUCUCGCCCGUCCCAAGCGAGGCAAUGGCGCACCUUGUGGGCGGCCUCGCAGCGUUGCUGGGACGAUACAGCAUGGCCUCCGAGACAGUAAUCGGCCUUUGGCGCAGCGAUCUGGGCAAGACUGGCUGCCAGCCGUUGCGAGUCAGUCUGUUAAGGCAGCCACACGACACAACUCCAGUGUGGCCAGCCGGCCCGGUUACCGGGGAGGAAAACUCCGUGAUUACACCUUUAUCUUCUUUUGCUUCAGCGCGAUGCCUCUUCGAGCGCAUCGGCUCAGAGGCUGCGCUGGUCAAGGAUCACAACUUGCUUUUGCAAGUGGAUGGCUUGCGAAAGCUGGACAUGCUGACAACCUCCGAGGCAACAAACGGGAGUCUUCGACUGUGCCGGUCAAUGGACGCUUGCGUUGUCCUCGGCACAGAAGCGAUCCCUGCAGCAUCCUGUUCAAAGGCUGCGCUGAUGCUGGUGUGCACUCGGUGGCCACCGGCUCCGAAUUCAAACUCGAAGUUGGAGCUUCGUUGCCCGCGUGGUUUGUUCUCUCCAGAUACCGUUGGCAGGACUCUUGGCCGGGCUUAA